UUCCCCAUUUGUUCCCUCUCUCUUCCUUAUCUUGACUGUCUAGUCUUUUCUUCAAGGUGGUUUUAAUAAAUCUAUACAUGUAUAUAAAGCAAAACAAAGCAAAGGUCUUUUUUAGUUGAUUUGGGUUGUGGGUAUUGUCAUGUUUUCAAGUUAUAGAGUUUUCAACUAAACUCUUGUGUGUUUCUUGGAACAAUCUUGAUUCUUGUAGGUCAAAAAUUCCCAAAAUUUUUCGCAUUUUGCGAAAUGGGUUUGUCUCGGAAUCCUACCACGAGAAGUGGGGAUUACUUGGAAGGAAUGCUGAGUGAUUUUGUUGGUGGAAAAGCCAAGUUGAAAGCACAAAAGAGUACCUCAGCCCGGCUUGUCACCGUGCUAACUUGCCUCCAAUUCGCCUUUGCAAUUUACGCGACAUUCCUAUUGUACUACAUGAGCCCAGCCAUUGAUUUAAGAACAAAACCGGACUUUUCGUGGGCCACUCGAAUCGCUCAGCAUUGGAAACAGUUCAUGAUCACACCACACGUGGUGAGUCGAUACCAAGAAGCCUCAUCGCUCGUCCAAGCUGAAAUUCCACCGCUCACACGGUUCACCCCAGCUGAAGUAUGUGAGAAUGAGAAGAUAGAUUUCCAACAAAAGAAAUCCAAUGAUGAAUUGAUGAUCAAACUCAAGAGAGGGCUUUAUGAGGAGGUACUUCAAUUCCAAAGCAAGGCCUUUGGGACUGAAACGCUUUCUCAACUCAUGGCAAUGAAAUCCAAGUGGGAUUUGAAAGGCCCAAACACCCCAAAAGUCACAGUGAUUCUAAACCAUUUCAAGAGAAAAACACUCUGUUCUCAACUUGAUUCUUUGCUCCACCAAACACUCCCUUUUCACCAUGUUUGGGUACUUUCAUUUGGCAGCCCCAAUGAGCUCUCACUCAAGAGAAUUGUGGAUAGCUACAAUGAUUCUAGAAUAAGUUUUAUUAGUUCGAGCUACGAUUUCAAGUACUAUGGAAGGUUCCAGAUGGCUCUACAGACAGAAGCCGAUUUCGUGUACAUCCUUGAUGAUGAUAUGAUCCCCGGGAGGAAAAUGUUGCAGAUUUUGACACACCUGGCCGGGACUGACAAGUACAAGAACUCUGUUUUGGGCAGCAUUGGGAGGAUUUUGCCUUUUAGGCAAAAGGACUAUACUUUCCCGAGCUAUAGAAAGUUUCGGGCAAAAGAGGCCGGGCUUUAUUUGCCUGACCCCGCCUAUGAUAUCACAGUCGAUAAGAUUGUGCGAGUAGAUUUUCUUUCUAGCUCGUGGUUUUUAUCCGCAGAGCUUGUCAAGACACUUUUCACUGAAACGCCCUUCACAUUCAUGACCGGUGAAGACCUUCAUUUGAGCUACCAGCUUCAGAAGUACAGAAAUGCCGGCUCAUUCGUUCUACCAGUUGACCCCAAGGACAAAGAAACUUGGGGAGACAGCGAGCAUAGGCUCGCAUACGUCUCCGAAACAACCGUCAUCUUCAAAGACAUUGUCCAAGUCCGCGACGACCAAUGGUGGAAAGCCCUCUCCACCGGUUACAUCACACAGUGGGCCGCGAUGAAUCCUCAAAAAAUCGAUGCACUCUUCUAUGCCCACUCGAUCGAAGAAGUGAAAUUUCUCGGUCCUCUGCUUGAAAAAUUCCGGUCCACUUUUGGGAAAAAGGCCUACAUUGUUGUUUCGGGUGGCAAUUUCUGCACUUGUGAAGACGCUGCCACGGCUUUGAACUGGCCAAACGCGGUAUGCAAAGAGAGAAGGUUUAAAAUUUUUGACUUGGGCAUAGGCGCGCUCUCGGGAGUUUCUAAUUCUGAAGUGCCCGUGAUACAAGCAGUGUACUGUAGCAUGAAAGGGUUGAUCAAAAUUCACAACCCGAGCGUGCUGAUUGCAGUGUCUGAUAUCGAUCCUAAUGUGAAAAAAGCAUUGAAGAUGGCUUCGGAGACUACAACAAACAGUUCAACCCUUGUUCUUUUACCAAAAUCUUCCGUGUCAAAGGUUCUCUGGAUGGCCGAUCUACGGUCCACAGCAUUAUCAAAUUGGAACAAAAUGCGGAUUUCAGUGAACAUUGUGACCCAAAACCGGGCUAAUUCGCUAGCCAGACUUCUCAAAUCUCUAAGCAAUGCCUACUAUUUGGGAGAUGAAGUGUCAAUCAGUUUCAACAUGGACAGCAGAGUGGAUGAGCCAACUAUAAAACUAGUGAACUCAUUCGAUUGGCCUAAUGGGCCCAAAACCCUGAGAAGGCGAAUCAUCCAAGGUGGGCUAAUCCGAGCCGUCAGUGAGAGCUGGUACCCAUCAUCUGACGAUGACUUCGGGCUUUUACUCGAAGACGACAUCGAAGUCUCUCCUUACUACUACUUAUGGAUCAAAUAUGCCCUACUGGCCUACCACUACGACCCACAAGUCUCUCUCCCCGAGCUUUCAUCGAUCUCUCUCUACACGCCUCGUUUGGUAGAAGUAGUGAAAGAAAGGCCCAAAUGGAAUGCGACAGAGUUUUUCAAACAGAUCCACCCAAACACGCCUUAUCUCCACCAGUUACCAUGCAGUUGGGGAGCGGUUUUUUUCCCCAAGCAAUGGAAAGAAUUCUAUGUGUACAUGAACAUGAGGUUCACCGAGGAUGCCAAGAAAAACCCGGUUCAAAUCCCCAAAUCUAGAACAAAUGGUUGGCAAGCCUCGUGGAAAAAAUUCCUGAUUGACAUGAUGUAUCUAAGAGGGUAUGUGAGUUUGUACCCGAAUUUCCCGGGACAGGCAAGCUUUUCAACUAAUCAUAUGGAGCCCGGGGCACAUAUUUCUGCGAAAGACAAUGCUGUGAAGCACGACAAGAGAGAUUUUGAGGUGCCAUUGUUGAAGGAAGAUUUUAGAGGAUUGUUGCCCGGUGGGAAGAUGCCACCAGCGUCAAAAUUGCCAUCAUUGAACCUUUUCAAUCAGGCGGUUUCACUCAAGGGGCUUAAGGCGGCCGGGGCAAAAUUGAGGCAGGAUGUGCUACAAUGUAGUGCAGCAGAGACGGUUGCCGUGAAUCAUGAGACUGGUUUGCCUUCCCAUUGUGCAACAUUCUGAUGAUCAUUGAUUCUUUUGUUACUUUCAAAAUUAUUCCUUGAUGUAAUGUAACAAGAAAAAAAAUAUAUAUAUAUACAUAUAUAUAUUUAUUUAUUGAUGUUGUAAUUUGUAAUUUUACUUUUUAACUGGGGGUGCCCUCAUACUGUUCAUAAAAUGAAUAUUGGGUGAGUUGUUUUGAUUCCCCAUCACAAAUGGAUGGAGAAUGAGUAUUCUUGGUGAGGAUUUGGGCCACUUUAUCAAUGAAAAAUGCAGCCAGAAGUGGCACUCUUAAUUAUC